AAGUUCACGGAGCAGGUCGAGUCCCAGCGAAGCUCUGAAGUCGGAUUUACUUUAAACUUUACUUUAUCUGAGCUGAAGCUGAAACUUUAGUCAUGUCCAAGACGUCAACGCUGAAAAUAAGCAGCGCGAACGCGGGAAAGGUGGACGCCUUCCGCCUCUCUCUCUACCAGGAGGCUGGAAACCUGUUCUCCAACGUCAUCCCGCAGAAGAUCACGCGACUGGACGCGCUGCUCAGGGACGAUGCCCUGAACCUCACAGACAUGUCCUCGCUGCGGGCUCCUCUGGAGAUCCCCAUCCCAGACCCUCCGGCUCCAGAGGAGGAGGAAAUGGAAACUGACAAGAACGAAGACGAUGAGAAGAAAAAGAAGAAACCUCCAAAGUGCGGCUUCAUCAAGGGCAACGAGAAGAUUGUUCUGCUUCUAGACCGGGUAAAACCAGAGAUUGUUGCUCUGAGAGAGACCAUCGUCAUAGUUUCCUGCUGGAUUCAGCACCUAAUCCCAAAAAUAGAGGAUGGAAAUGACUUUGGUGUGGCUAUCCAGGAGAAGAUCCUGGAGAGAAUCGCUGCAGUAAAGACUAAAGUUGAUGGGUUUCAGACCAACAUCAACAAGUACUUUUCAGAGAGGGGAGAUGCUGUUGCCAAGGCGUCCAAAGACACACAUGUGAUGGAUUAUCGUACUCUGGUACACGACAAGGAUGAGGCCAUUUACUCUGAGAUCAGAGUGAUUGUUCUCGACGUUCGUGGAUUCUACGCUGAACUUUAUGACAUUAUCAGCAAGAAUCUGGAGAAGGUGACCAACCCUAAAGGAGAGGAGAAGCCAUCCAUGUAUUAAGGCAGGAGGUACUGCUGGGAUAGAUUCUUCCAUUAUCUGGUGAACAGCUGUUUAGUUUGUUUGGUGUGUUCAAUAGUCAGUCAACCUUUUCUGUAAUCAAGGUGCAUGCAGUCAGUCAGAAAAUAUUCAGAAAGAUACAAGUUUGACAAAACCUUCAUGUCUCAAUUUGCAUUUUCACUUCUGUAAACACAAGAAAUAACUGGAUCAAGGUUUUUUUUGCUCGUGUAUGAAAACACUUUAACAUUUGCACUAAAUUUAAAUUGUGAAACUAUGAAUUAAAAAAGAUAAAAUCUU